AUGCAGUCACGGCUAAUGAUUCAUCUUCCCAGGCCACUUCUCAUUCUCCAGCCAUCUGGGGAAGUUCAACAAGUAAUGAAGGUCGUACUACUAACAUUCUUCUCAGUAGUUAUCCUGAUGGCCAUCCUGGGCAACCUGCUGGUGAUGGUGGCUGUGUGCAGGGACAGGCAGCUCAGGAAAAUAAAAACCAAUUAUUUCAUUGUGUCUCUUGCCUUUGCCGAUCUGCUGGUUUCGGUGCUGGUGAUGCCUUUUGGUGCCAUUGAGCUGGUUCAAGACAUCUGGAUUUAUGGGUACAAGUUUUGCUUGGUCCGUACCUCUCUGGAUGUCCUCCUCACCACAGCAUCAAUUUUUCACCUAUGCUGCAUUUCACUGGAUAGGUAUUACGCCAUCUGCUGCCAACCUUUGGUUUAUAGAAGCAAGAUGACCCCUGUACGCAUCGCAUUAAUGUUGGGAGGCUGCUGGGCCAUCCCCAUGUUUAUAUCUUUUCUCCCCAUAAUGCAAGGCUGGAACAAGAUCGGCAUACUUGAUGUGAUAAAGAAAAGGGAAUUCAACCACAACUCUAACUCUACAUGCUGUGUCUUCAUGGUCAACAAGCCCUACGCCAUCACCUGCUCCGUGGUGGCCUUCUACAUCCCGUUUCUCCUCAUGGUGCUGGCCUAUUACCGUAUCUAUGUCACUGCUAAGGAGCAUGCCCAGCAGAUCCAGAUGUUACAACGGGCAGGAGCCACCCCCGAAAGCAGGCCUCAGCCAGCCGACCAGCACAACACACAUCGCAUGAGGACAGAGACCAAGGCAGCCAAGACUUUAUGCAUCAUCAUGGGCUGCUUCUGUUUCUGCUGGGCCCCCUUCUUUGUCACCAACGUUGUGGACCCUUUCAUAGACUACACUGUCCCCGAGCAGGUGUGGACUGCUUUCCUCUGGCUUGGCUAUAUCAAUUCAGGGUUGAACCCCUUUCUCUAUGCCUUCUUGAAUAAGUCUUUUAGACGUGCCUUCCUCAUUAUCCUCUGCUGUGAUGAUGAACGCUACAGAAGACCCUCCAUUCUGGGCCAGACAGUCCCCUGUUCAACCACAACUAUUAAUGGAUCCACACAUGUUCUAAGGGAUGCAGUGGAAUGUGGUGGCCAGUGGGAGAGUCGGUGUCACCUCACAGCAACUUCUCCUUUGGUGGCUGCUCAGCCCAGUGAUACUUAG